GUGCAUUCCACCACAUUCACCGCACCCCUCGGCCCAAUCGCUCAGCUCUUCUCCUCUCGCCUCAUAGCUUGCCGUCGACUCCAUGCUUCACUACUCGACUCUGCGUGCUGUGCGCAGACGGGCGGAGAAGGAGCUACCUCGCCUCUCGCAGAAGAGCCUGCAAGCGAGUCGUUUUGCCUCAGCUACGCCAGGGAGUAGUACUAUCUUGAGCAGCGCGGCAUGCCUCACCCGUAGAGCGCAGAUCGAUGCCGCAUCCACCAGCGCCACGCCGGCAGGGAGUGCAUUAGAACGUGUCCAGAGCUCAGUGCAAAGCAGCCAGCAGACUGCCAGCUCAGAUCCGCAUUCAGGGAAAAAGGCGUUCGCACCGCGCCUCACCUUUCCAUUUCCUACUUCGAUUCCAUCAUGGUACGCAGGGCACAUGUACAGGGCAAUGAGGUCUUUGCCAUCUCUGCUCAAUCGAUCGCCACCGCCACUCAUCAUCGAAGUGCGUGAUGCUCGUCUGCCCCUAAGUAGCGUGAACCCUGCUUUUGAGCGCAUGCUCAGGGGAAAUAGCAGCGCCAAGAGUAGGCAGAACAAGGGGAAAGGCAAGGAAGUCGAAUCUGCAGAUGCCAAAGGUGCUCAAGAUGAAUCUAAACGAGGCAUUGUCGGACCCAAUCAUUCCCUCGAGGGUCUUGCGAUGCGCCGCAACUGGCGGCAAAGAAGGCUGGUUGUGUACGCCAAGAAGGAUUUGAUAGCAUCUGAGCUGCAAGAACCCAUACGGCAAGCGUUCGCGCGACACGGCGAAGAGGUCCUCUUCGUGGAUACGAGGGUCGACGGGGACGUGCGGAUGAUUCUGUCAUGGGUGCAUGCUAGAGCCGCUCUGGUCUCCCACUUUGGUGACGACGCAUUGCAAUCAUCCAGCAAGCCGAAAGGGAAGCACCUUUCAGGAGCCUUCAGGCACACACCUACACCCGAGAAUGGAGCCAGGCUUAUCAUCGUCGGAAGUCCCAAUGUGGGCAAGAGCAGCUUGCUGAACGCUUUGCGCCGAGUGGGCACCGGCAAGGGCAAAGCGGCGUCCACAGCGCCGGAGCCAGGCCAUACGCGCAAAUUAACUGGCACGGUGCGCAUAACGAAGGCAGGUCAAUCAUCUCUGCGCAGACCAGAAGCAGAGACGCAAGAGGCCAGCGCCAAGGGCCUCUUUACGUUGGGAGGAGGCGGGCCUGAGGGCGCAAGCGAGCUUCAUCAACAUGCUGCCGACAAGCGACCUGAGCAAGUGCCAAUAUACGUCUAUGAUACCCCAGGAAUCAUGGUUCCGUAUCUUGGCAAAGGUGUCGCUGGCGCUGAGAAAGGCAUCAAGCUUGCCGUAGCCAACGGAAUGAAGAGCUCACUCUUCGAUACGCGAGGUCUGGUGGACUACCUACUUUUCCGUUUCAACUUGAAGUUUGCUUUCGCUCAGCAUCAGGCUAGCACAACUUCGCCUGUCACUAGUGCAAAGGCACCAUUGCCGGUCUACUUGUCGCAGCUGCCACUCGCCGCGGUUCCCGAGCCAAGUCAACCUCCACCUGGCCCUACGAACUCUAUCGAAGAGCUGCUGUAUGCCGUAGCAGCGAGAGCACCGGGCACGAUGAGCAAAGGGGGCGAGCGCGAUCUUGACGCCACAGCAACCUUUAUGCUACAGCGAUGGCGGGAGGGCAAAAUGGGCAAAGAUUGUGGAGAGUUGGACAUGGGGUGCGGCGAGGUUCCCACCCUGAAUUUCGAGGGAGCCGACAGCGUCGGCACUGUCCAGGGUAAACAGCAGCUGUCGAUCACUGCUCUUCAAGCGCAGGCUUUGAAAGUCGAGCUGCUGGAGCGAAGUGAUCAUAUCCGGCGCAUCAACGCGAUGGUAGAUCGGCACUUUGCCGAGUUGCAUCAGGCUGAACAAGCUGGUGUCGCCACUUCCGCUAGACCUGCCCGAGGCGCUGGCAGACGAGACUGGCUCGCUUCUAGGAGUAGCGCUCCUGCUUCAGCUCACGCUGCUUCAGGCGCAGCUCGCGCAGUAGAGCCCGCCUCGACCUCCGUCGCGCCUCGACUGCAAACGAUCGAUCCCUCCAACCCUCUCAUGAGUAGACAUCAACGGAAGAAACAGAAGAAGAUGAAAUCUUUGAACAAGUUCAAGGAAAGAUAUAGGACGAGGAUGUCUGGCAACGCCAGCGCGUCGUCCAGCACGAGUCAGUCCAGAACACAUGCUAUGCGAAGGCGGCGGGCGAUCAGCAAGGGUGCAGGGGCUGCGGAGGCCGACAGGUGAGAUCUUGGGCAAUCGUUCAAAGAGCCGCUGUGAUGCAGGCAUCUUUGUUAUGAAUUUCGUGACCACGUUGUCGGGUCAGGUGGCACGUGAAGCAUAG